AUGUCGAGAUCAGCGCUUCCUGCGAGCAUCGCCAAUGCUGAUGCGAAGUCUUUGCUGCGCCUGCUCGAGUCGGGCUCACUAAAGAGCGUGGACAUCGUCAACCAGUGUCUCGACCAGAUUGAGGAGCACCAUGGCUACUUGCACACGAUGCUGUCCAUGCCCCCCAGACAGGUGCUGAGAGCCGUGGCAUCCUCCCUGGAUGACGAGCGUGCUGCGGAGCGGCUGCGAGGUCCCCUGCAUGGAAUUCCAGCCAUCAUCAAGGUGCGACGACCACUUACUUGCAAGCCUCUGACCAUGACGGAUCACCAAGGACAACAUCGACACCCAUCCCAGCCUGGCAUGAAAACCACCGCAAGCUCGCUGACUCUUCUCGAUUCCAAGCCACGCGAGAAUGCUCCAGUCGCUCAAAAGGAACUCUCCAACUUCAAGUGA